GAAGGUGCCACCCGGCACCCGAUUUUACCCGAGUCCGCAGGGGAAGCGCUUGUCUCAGUCUUCAUUCAUCCUGUUUUCACUCUAUCAAGUACGACUCUUGCUCACCCCCGAAUUUGGCUCCCAGAUCUCCGGCGUCAAAAACUCAACGAAAAUACGAUACUUGGACACGAGGAUUUGGCGUUGACACUGAACAGCCUGCACAUAACGUUAGCGGCGCUGAAGGAGGAAUUUGUUUACCGCAUUCCCUGGUACCAUUAACGAAGGGCUAUCGAUGUCUCUUCAAUAGAAGAUUGACGAACUCGCUGGCCCCCCGUUCAACCGGACGAAUUGUCACCACGAUGAUCCCCUCCCCCACAUCUUCAGCCACGCUCAUCAACCCCGAGCCGUGCCAUUACAAAAAGCUGGACUUCAGUGUCGCCAUCGAGCCCAAGGGCCAUCUCGAACCGCAUGUGAGCAACCUACCGCGGCGAAGGGUAGCAAAAAGGAGGGCCGUCGUUGAUGAGAGCGAGAGCAGCAACGACGGGAGCGCAAAAACACACCCAGCAUGCUCCCCCAGACCUGGGGGAGAACAUCAACGUCCGUCUGCUUGCAUACAAGCGUUGGGAGAGGGAACGGACGUGUAUGUCGCCUUGGGGGACAUUGAGGAUUGGGACGGAGUUGUAAUUCGUGUCGAGGACGAGGGGCAGAACGACCGAGGCGUACCAACUCUGUCCCGCUCGACUUUCUUCGUGACGGUGUCGGGAAAGGUCCUGGUCGUAGGGAGAGUGAACGCGUUUGCUGUGGCGCUGGGAAUACUCUGCCGGAGGAGUCGCAGGGAUGUUAUAAAGACGUACAUGGAGCUGCAUGAUACGGGCGGAUUAGAUGAUUCUUGGAGGGGCUUGUUGAGUCGCGAAGGGUUGGAGUGGGUAAUAGGACAGCAGGAGUAGAUAGUAGACAUUGUAUUCGUAGACAUAAUCUGUAUUGUUAGAGGAUUCAGAUACGGUGCAACGGCCCAUACUGCUACUCUGCGUUGGUUCAACUCCUCGCAUGAUCACUGUCAUACAUAGGAACAUUUUUUAGGGC